UCUUUUUCUACAGUGUUCUUGUGCGCAGAGCUGCAAUGUAUGACCUUAUGACCAUGUAUGCCUGUUAUCUUGCCAUUAUUUUGGGGCUCAGAGUGCACUCUUAUUUUUUGGUCAGUGUACCAUCGAGCUUUGCCGGCUUUGCCCAUAUCUAUCAUCUUGGGUGUCGUGUUUUACUUCUCUACUUGUUAUUAAUGGAGCCUUUUGUUAUUGGGACAGCUACAACUUGUUGAUAUUUUGAUAGUCCAUUUGUUUUUGGUAAGAAAGAUUAUUUAUUUAAGAGGAAGCUGAUGUCCUAGCUAUUUUCUGUUGCUACUGAAUUCUCUAUCAAAUGGGUUUCCAAAUUAUAAGUUCAUCGAUAAUGUCUAUUGGUAUGUAAUGGUGGAUCAGAGUAUAUAAAAAGGAUUUGGUUGUCUAAAUUUGCAUUGAACCAAAUUAAUAUUGUUCAUUGUCUUAAAAGAUUUGGUUGUCUAAUUUUUUUUGGGAUCUUUUAUCCUUCUAAAUUCCGCCCCUCCCCUCAAUAAUUCCUGGCUUCGCCACUGCUUCACACUGCAACUGAAUCGCGAAUCCUUCCCCUUCAUUGGCUUCACACUGCGAAUCCUUCCCCUCCGCUUCAUCCAGGCUUCCAAUUUCGUGCUUUAAUUCAAAUGGUACUUGCUCUGUCUCAAAAUCCUCUCUCUCCACUGCUUGUUUGGUGCCUAUGAAGCUUACAUGUUUGAGCAAAGGUGGUGGUUACCAUCUCCCACCCUGCCACAUACUGAAUAUAUGUGGUUUUACCAUUUUAUUGGAUUGCCCAUUGGACCUUUCUGCUCUUACAAUCUUCUCCCCUAUUCCAUCUAGUUCAAAAGCUAGUCACUUGGAUAAAGAGAGUCCCAAUUCCCUAAACUGUAGUGAUUUGUUAGAUUUGGAGGAGCCCUUGUUUCAGAAGAGACAAAAAGUUGAAAAGUCCCUGGAUGAUGAUGAUUUGAUUUGCGCAGUUCCCUGGUACAAAACUGUCAGCAACUUACACCUAUGGAAUGCCUCUUUUAUUGAUGCGGUAUUGAUAUCAAGUCCGAUGGGUAUGCUAGGAUUACCAUUUAUUACUCAGAUGAAGGGAUUUUCUGCUAAGAUAUAUGUGACUGAAGCAACAGCAAGACUUGGGCAACUUAUGAUGGAGGAUCUUGUUUCAAUGCAUAUGGAAAUCAGGCAGUUGUUUGGACCUGAGGAGUCAUCUUUUCCUCAGUGGAUGAAGUGGGAAGUGCUUAAGCUUCUUCCUUCUUCGUUGAGACAGCUGGUAUUAGGCAAAGAUGGGGGUGAGCUGGGUGGUUGGAUGCCCUUGUACAGUGCAGCUGAUGUGAAGGACUGCAUGCAGAAGUUUCUAAGAGUUAAAUAUGCAGAGGAAACUUGCUACAACAGCACAUUGAUAUUAAAGGCAUUCAGUUCGGGAUUAGAAAUAGGCUCUUGUAAUUGGACGAUAAAGAGUCCCAAGGGGAGCGUUGGAUUUAUUUCAAGUUCCAUCUUUGAUUCUGCUCAUGCAAUGAAUUUUGAUUACCAUGCUCUUCAAGGGAAUGAUACGAUGAUAUAUUCAGAUUUCUCAUUCUUGGAUGCUGCGGAACAUGUUGAGAGUGGCUUCGAUAAUGCAAGUGAUUGUCAAGAGUUAACCAUGUCUUUACUUAAUAUUGAUGACAGUUUGGAGGAAAGGGACAAGCUAACUUUUAUAUGCUCCUGUGUAAUUGACUCUGUAAAAGCUGGAGGCUCAGUUCUUAUUCCUAUUAGUCGACUUGGGAUUGUUCUGCAGCUGUUGGAACAGAUAUCAUCUUCAUUAGAUGUUUUGAAUUUGAAGGUUCCUAUGUAUAUUAUUUCUUCUGUAGCUGAAGAAUUAUUGGCUUUCACCAGCAUCGUACCCGAAUGGCUUUGCAAACAACGGCAAGAAAAGCUGUUUUGUGGUGAGCCAUUGUUUGCACAUGUGAUGCUCAUAAAUGAGAAGAAGCUUCAUGUGUUUCCGACAGUUCAUUCACCUAAAUUAUUGAUGAAUUGGCAGGAACCAUGCAUAGUUUUCUCUCCUCACUGGAAUCUGCGGCUUGGUCCUGCUGUUCAUUUGCUCCGGCGCUGGUGUGGGGAUCAGAACUCCUUGCUCAUUCUUGAGAGUGGACCGGAUGUUGAGCUGGCUCUCUUACCUUUCAAGCCAAUGGAAAUGAAGGUUCUUCAAUGCUCUUUCCUCUCUGGGAUAAGGUUGCAGAAAGUUGAAGCGUUGCUGAAGAUAUUGGAACCAAAAGUUGUUCUGUUACCUGAAGAUUUGAAGCCGAAUAGCUCUUCAAUAACAAAUUCCUUCUCGACCUUUCACUACCGCGUUAAUGAAACGUUGUGUAUACCAAGCUUGAAGGACAAUUCAGAAUUAGAAAUCGGAACAGACUUGGCUACCCAAUUCAAAUGGAGGAAUUUGAAGCAGGGCAAUAUGAAAAUGACAAGGUUAAACGGGGAGUUCUUCGUAGAUCAUGGCAGACAACGGUUGUUAUCUGGAAAUCUAGAGUCCUCGGAGAGUAGACCGCUGGUACAUUGGGGUUCACCCAGUUUGGAAAAGCUUCUGAUGGUGUUAUCAACCAGGGGCAUCAAGGCGACGCUUGGGGAAGCACCAAGUGGUUCUGAAUCAGAAAGUGCUUCUCUAGUACAUGUCCACCAUCCAAACCAAGCUCUUGUAGAAGUCAGAGAGACAAUCACUGUCAUUAGUACCGCUGAUGAAAGUUUAGCCUCCAUCAUUUUUGAAGCAAUAGGUAGUGUUCUAGAUGGCAUCUAAACGAAGGGAAUAUAGCUUUGUCUCAUUCAAUUCUUAUAUUAGAUUUCUGUACAAUCUUUAGUAAAAUUGCAAGUGAAUUCUGAAAAAGCACUUGAAAUGCUUCCAUACAAGCCUCA